AUGAACACCACUAAAACCAAGCCUUACACGAUCGAAUAUCAGAAAAUCGAGACCUAUUCCGACCUCAUGCUCCCAAACAAAUCAGGAAAAAAUGUAGCCAAACCGCUCCAAAUCGACAAACCCAUAAUGGAACAUCCCGACGAGGAAUUCUCUGACGAUUCAGUCCACAGACAUUACAGGGUCCCCACAGUCGCAAUGCGCGCAAACCCAUUCAUAACUAUGAACUGCGAAGUGCAACGCGACGCUUUAAACACAUGCCCCACACCACUCAGCCUGAACAGGUGGGUCAGCACGGAAUACCUCAUUUGGGAUUUAUCCGCAAGUCUGGCUGAAAGCAACACUGACCUUGCGUGGACUUCUCACUUCAAUCGGCACCAUCAUGCCGACUGGCAGCGUAUCAAAGCACAGUGUGAGAAGGUUGCUGAUCUUCCAGAUAGGUUCAUGCAAAAGAUUCCACCUCCACCGUUCUUUGCUGCUGAGAUUACUAUUCAGUCAACGAAUGGUGGUCUCUAUUUCCCAAUUUGUGCACCGCCGAGUGGAGAAAUGAUAACUACUCCAUUCUGGGGUCUUUGGUUGCUCAUUCUUUACCAGCAGUCUGACUCGGUUGGGGGAUUUAGUGUUGUUCUUAGGGUCCCAACAAUCCCAUUGGAGUAG